AUGGUCCCUGUAAUUAUGGAAAAUUUUACUAUUCACGGCCCCAAUGGCGAGCAUGAGUGCUAUGUGACUGCCCCAGCAAGAGCUAGCCUAGCAGAUGUGAAAGAUGGAUCGUGGGUCCGCUUGUUUAAACUUGAUACUGCUCGAGUACUUGCUGCGCAGCUGGUUAUUGCUGUCGAGUAUAUCCAUGCUCGGGGAUAUGUCCAUGGAGAUCUUCACCUCGGCAAUGUCCUCCUUAAAAUGCCAUCAGAAUUCCAUCAGCUCCCCCCCCCCCCCCCGAAAAGUUAUAUGAACGUUAUGGGGCACCAGAACUUGAUCCAGUGGUUCGUUUCGAUGGUGAACCGCUUCCACCAGGAGUGCCCUCUCAUGGUGUUGCGCCAAUAUGGCUCGGGAAGCAAGCGAAGAUAUCUCUGCUGUAGAAGCUCAGAUUUUACUGUCAGAUUUUGGCCAGGCCUUUCCACCCUCACGAGAAUAUGGAAAACCUCAUCCUUCCCGUCAAACAUAUGGACACUUGCCUGCUCUAUCUGGGCCAUCGUUGCCCAAAGACCACUAUUCGACAGCUUUCUCGCCACACAAGAUGAUAUGGUUUGUGAGCAUGUCGAUGCUCUUGGUAUCUUACCCCCUGAGUGGUGGCAGAAAUGGGAAGCACGACAUAGUAGAUUCGCCGAAGACGGCACCCCGAUAAAUAGGAGCGCUUUCCGGUCAUGGGACGACCGUUUCGAGGACAGUAUCCAGCAGCCGAGGUGUGAUAGCGGGAUGCCUCCGUUCGGCUCCGAUGAAAGGGAUGUUAUAUCAUCAAUGUUACGGUCAAUGCUCUCCUUCAAACCCGAGAACAGGCCUACUGCCAAACAAGUCCUCGAGUCUGAAUGGAUGGUAAAAUGGGCUCUGCCCCAGUGUGAUAGUUAUCGUGACCAAUACCCCUUUGCAAAAUAG